AACAAGCCGUUGUUGAGUAAAUGAGUUAAUGCUCUGGGUGAAGGAGGAAAGCCCUCACUAGGAAGAGACUUGUGCCACCCGGGGCAAGAACAUCAGAGAUCCAGUGACAGCCCAGCGACCUCUGGGAUCAAUUGCAAUGGGAGGGUAAGAGAGACAGCCAAUCAGCAACAGCCUCUUCAAAAGCCAUACAAAAAUACGGACAGGUUUCCUACCCUACAUAGGAAUCUUUCAUCACGCCUACGCACAUUACUAUACUGCAUAAGUUAGCUAGAAAUGUAAUAAUCAUAUUUUCACGACAAUUAUUUGAAAUCCAGAGUGUCCUAGAGUAUUCAAAUCUUUAGAAAGCACGUGCCCCAAAUGAAUCGGACUGAACAGACGCUGGAACCGAACAUGGUAAAGUAAAAUACUUAUCCAUGAGGCACUUUGUAAUCCCCGCACUCCUGCUCUGCCUAAAGAGAAACAUCUCGGAUGUGAGGUCCGCAUAGGCAUUAGAUCUGCCGGGUGGACACAGGUCCCUACAGCGUGGGGUGAAAUGGGCUCCACAUGUUAGGUUAACAAAAGCUUACGACUCGCAGCCUUUUUCAAGGUAAUACACAUCUGCGGCUACAUUCAGAAUGUGGGUGUCCCUAAACCCCUAAAGCAUGAAGCUGACAAAAGCACUUCCCAGGGCAGGACGGUGAAGGCACAAAGCAAGGUCCGCACAAAAGCACACGCCCCUCUCAGAGCUCCGCGCGUGCGCACACCGACUGUGACUCUCAGCAGCCGGCUUGCGGAGCGGUUGCCGCGCCCUCUGCCGAGCUUCUUGUGCCCGCCUCCGAGCCUGAGGAAACAGCUGAUUGAUCAGCCUGGCUCAGGCUUGGGGCGGGGAUUGGCUGAUUGGCAGCAACGCCACGGGACAGCCAAGCUAGAAGCCUGAGGAGCCGGAGAGAGUGCUGGCUGCCGCGCGGCCGAGUGUGUUUUAUGGACCAUGUGCUGCUAUGUAUGCCUGAAGAAGUACUUGAAAUGCAAAUUUGGGGAGACUUUGCCAUAUAAAUGCUUGGCUGGAUUAAGCGCCUAAUUAGGAUGGUUUUUCAACAAGUUGGAGUAAGCAUGCAAUCGGUACUUUGGUCUAGGAAGCCAUAUGGUUCGUCUCGAAGUAUCGUAAGGAAAAUUGGUACUAAUUUGUCUCUGAUUCAGUGUCCAAGAGUUCAGUUUCAGAUUAACAGCCAUGCAACAGAAUGGAGUCCCAGCCACCCAGGAGAGGAUGCAGUGGCGUCUUUUGCUGAUGUUGGAUGGGUAGCCAAAGAAGAAGGAGAGUGUUCAGCAAGACUAAGGACAGAGGUCAGAUCAAGGCCACCCCUUCAGGAUGACCUUCUUUUCUUUGAGAAGGCCCCAAGCAGACAGAUUUCCUUACCAGACUUAUCUCAAGAAGAGCCUCAGCUGAAGACCCCAGCGCUGGCAAAGGAGGAAGCACUGCAGAAGAUUUGCGCUCUCGAAAAUGAACUUGCUGCUCUCAGAGCUCAGAUUGCCAAAAUUGUGACCCAGCAGGAGCAGCAAAAUCUCACUGCAGGUGACUUAGAUUCUACCACAUUUGGUACCAUACCACCACACCCUCCACCUCCCCCACCGCCCCCGCCUCCCCCUCCACUGGGGCUCCACCAAAGUAUAUCUGCUGUUGAUCUGAUUAAAGAACGAAGAGAGAAAAGAGCCAAUGCUGGAAAGACUUUGGUUAAGAACAAUCCAAAGAAACCUGAAAUGCCAAAUAUGCUAGAGAUCCUUAAAGAGAUGAACAGUGUAAAACUUCGGUCAGUGAAGAGGUCAGAGCAAGAUGUGAAGCCCAAGCCAGUGGAUGCUACUGACCCUGCUGCCCUCAUAGCAGAGGCUCUGAAAAAGAAAUUUGCUUAUCGGUAUCGAAGUGAUAGCCAAGAUGAAGUUGAAAAAGGAAUUCCAAAGUCUGAAUCAGAGGCCACCUCAGAGAGAGUGUUGUGCCUGAGAUCUGAAGGCAGAAGGAAGAUUCAAAUAGAAAGAAUAAUGGCCCAUUCAACAGCUGACUCCUACAGACAUUUUGACUAAGAUGCCUGUUGCAGUUCCCCUGAGCAACUUAACAACUGUGUUUUCAAGGUUAAACUCAAGAACCAAUCAGUUAUCUGUAAAUGAAUAUCCAACUUUUCUGGAAGGAAAAAGGUAACAUGUUAAUAUAAACAGCAAAUACAUACAUCAUUUAUAAAACUGCCUCAGAUCAAUUAACAAGAUAAACAUACUUAAAAAAAAUUCUUGCCUUUUGUUUUAAUGGGCCAUGGCAAAUACUAUCUCUGUAUAAUGAUCAGUAAAGAGCUGUCAAAUAGAUAAAAAGACUCACAAUAUUGAAUGUUAAAACAAAUCCUAAAUGAAGAAAACAUUAAAUAAUGCUAUUAGGUAGUAUUCCUUAUUUCCAUUUUUAUUAAAUCUGAGAACUCAAUAGGGUUAAUCAUCAAAUGAAAAACAUGAUUUUUAAAAAGGGAAUAAUGAAGCAAACAUUUUAAUCUGUCUUAAUUUUAAGAACCCAUAAUUUACAUAUACAGUGUGUUUAAGCAAUUUUCGUAUUUGUACUACAGCAAAAAAUGAUUUUACUUACCAGAAGUAUUGUCAUACUCCAAAUGGUAUCCGUGAAUAAAGAUUUAAAAAAAUAAAAAAUAAAGUCCAGCUUUUUUCUCACGGUCAUUACACAAAACAGUUUUUUAUACAGUUGUUUUAAAUUAUGAAAGGGAAACCAGAGAAGAGCAAGUGGAACUUAAAUUUUAAUACUCAAACAUAUUUUUAUACCUCACCACUUUUCUUGAAGUGGAUGGUUUCGAUCCACUUUCAUGGUUUGCUGACGUGCAUUUUCCCUCAGUGCAACAUUACUAAAAAGCUUGUGUGUGGACCACACUAUGGCAAUGACGUGAGAUUUUAUAAACCAUCACCAUCGUGUUAGCCUUAUUCACAUUAAUGUUUUUUAUUAGGUUCUAAAAUAGCCCAUUUAAGUUAUUUUUUUUCCCUAAAAUAUUAGGGUUUUUUCCAUUCAUUAUUAUAUCCUAUAGCUCUAGAAGUGUGACUCCAGGAUUAUGCUACUGAGGAUAUAAGGCACUCUCUUUACUUUCUUGUCAGUUUUGAAAACUUCUGGGAACAGAUUUUAAUGAAUCUACUUAAUAUAAUAGAAUGUUUACAUUCCAUCCAAUUUACCUUUAUACCUAGACCUUAAGGUUUUAUUCAGCUGAGUAUGGAAAUGUGUAAUAUCUAUUUAUGUAAAUAAGUAGUAAACUAUGGCUGAGCAAUUGUGUAUUUGGAGUAAAUUUUAUAGUAUUCAAACCCAAUGGAAUAGUCUUUGAUAAAAAUAACUAUCCAUUAAAAUGUUACCGACUAUAUAGUAGGAUAGCUCUAAAUUACUAAAAUUGUAUAUAAUUUAUUAAAUUUGACAAACACUGAAAACUGUGGAACACCUGAACAUAACAAUUUUUAAAACUUUAUAAAAUUACUUUGCCAACUUAACUUCUAUAACCAGUAACAAAUUAAAUUUGUCUUAAUCCAACCUACCU